AAGCGUCUUCACUGCUCUACGUACGCACGCCCUCUUCCCCCCAAUACCACUUGUCCGUGGAUCCACGCGUGACGUCAGGGGCAAUUUUUCAAAGAGCAAGAGGCAGAGGGGUUCGAGGCACUUUAAUUUCAAGAGAGCACGACGAAGAGCAAAAGAGCCUGGAAAAGGGAAGGAAAAUCUGGCGCCAUGAUCGACAUAUCCCUCGCUCCUCCCUUCUUACCGGCUCUUGAGGCAGAAGCGUGAGCAAAAGUUCUUGUAUGAGCCUGGCAAAACGCCUGGGAUAGAUCACCUUCUGUUAUCGUGCGUGUGUGACUUUUAUCUUCAACCGGAGCGAGAGUCGGGGAGUACUUGUAGGUAUUGGUGUAGUCUACAACUAAUUAUUAUGGCGAGUUACAGGAGUUCAGGAUAUUUGUGCGUGGUGCUCUUCUUGGUGCACCUGCUAGCAGCGAUCGAUGUAGAAGCUUUCCUGCUGCGGCCACCAGCACAUCAGCAACAGAACCGACGAGUUAGCACCGAGCUGGGUGCUGCUCAGAGUCAAAGCAUCACCCACUACCGGAGGACGUACCAUAACUUCCGCCUGGGUAAGUCGCAAGGAGCGAAGGGCGAAACCAACCAGUUCCAUGUGGAGCCCGACUUGCCCGCCGUCGAUGAAGAACUCCUCGAACAGGAGACGUUCUUCUCGCUGUCCGGGUCCAUUACCAAGGUGAUGGAUGCGAUCACGGGAUACCGCAUCUCGUACAGCCGCUUCCGCCAAGGGUUCCACAGAGGCGCCAAGGGCGAAAUUAGCGCCGUGACACAUUUCAUGACCGCUGCCCACGCGAAAUUCAUGCCCGUGGGUCAACGCGCAAACCUGAUCCGCACCACCGCGGAGGCCAAGGCUGCCGGGGAUAUCGACACCCCAGUCACGAAGCUGCACGUGCACUUCGGAUGCGGACGACUCGGCAUGGGCCUGCUCUCCCCCGCCAUGGCAAAGUCCGGACGUCCUGUGAUCCUGAUCGACGGCCCUUUCGGAGACUACGAGACGCUCGUCAAGGAGGGACACAAGACUGUCAACUUCUACGUCAACGGCGAGCCGACGCUGACGGAUGUGACCUUGAUCACGAGCGAAGCGGACCUGCCCGACGACCUGUACAAGUCGGGGCUGAAGCUGUUCAUCUGCUCGACUGACCCCGCCCUGCAGAGAAAGGCCGUGGACGCCUGUGACACUCUCACCACUUCACUUGGACCUGUGAUGCACAAGGUGGUCAUGCCUCACUUCGACGUGGACAAGAGCCCCGGCGACCGCACCUACAUCUACGGCUGCGAAAAUGACCACGGGAUGGUGGAAGAGCUGGGGGAGAAGCUGAAGGGCAAGGCCGAAGUUGUCACGUGCAUGGUGGAUCGAAUCUGCACUGGGCGUGAGGUGACCGGCAAUGACAUCAAGGUCUCCGCUGAGCCGCACCUGGGAGAGGUCGUGAUCCUGCAACCCCCUGUGGCAGCACCCCUUCCAGCCUUCGCCGGAGAUAAUGUGAUGGUCCCGAUGACCUACGGAGAGGCCAACUACUUCUGUCGGAGGAAGAUCACCAUGGUCAACGGCAUGCACACCACGUUGGCCUUCAUCACACUGUGCAGGGAAGAAUCGGGUGACCACCCCGGCGACCACAAGCUGCUCACCUGCAAGGAUGCCCCGCAAGACGUACAGGACUCUAUCUGGCACUGGGCUGUGGCUCGGCUUUUGCUAAUCUUGUGGGAGCACGACCACGAGAUCAUCCGCCACGCACACAACUUGACCACGGAUGACGAGGUGUGUGAGAAGCUCAUCGCGUACGCGCGCAGCUCGUUGAAACGUUUCGACACGGUUGAAGACACGACCGGAAGGGUGCUCGCCGGGGGAGUGGCCAACCGCUGGAACACCCGCCUGAAGGUGGCUCUAAACUACCUGGACAGCCAACCGAGGCCGGGCCAGAUGGAGGCUCGCCUCCUCAAGAUGUCUGGCGUCAAGUACACGGAUGUGGUGAGCAGCGUCAAGACCCUCGUCGAAGACAGCCACCGCUUCGUCGGGACCGCUCCCGUGUCACAGCCCUGAAGUGGCAAACAUGAUGUCAUGCGACACAUGAUAUCAUACGCGCAUGUGAUGUUAUGUGACCCGAUGGCAUUUGCAUGGAGGUGCAUUGCUCCGUCAACAAGAACAACCUGAGCAUCCUCAUGCAAGCCAGGACGGGAAGCAGCCAUGAGUAUAGCUUAGUUGCUGCAGGCUAUGGCGUAAUGAACAGUUUGCGAAGAGCCCAAUGAUUUAUACGUGCUUAGGUACAGUAGGCCUUCGCUGUUAGGCGGGAGGACACAACGGUAGUGUGUCCACAAGUAUGCAGCAGAGGAAAGGCAUUUGCCGUGGUUGCGCAAUGGUGUAGUGCAGCCUGAAAUGCUGAGAUUCACCUGGACUUGCCCGGACGACGGCGAGGUUUGUAGGACGGGGUGGGUAGGCCAAGCAUUAGGUAUACUCUACAUGACUCGACACCCGGUAAGCGCGAAAUAUACAUACCAUACCGUAGGGCGUUUGGCCACCGGGGGCGUCAGUGCUGGGUUCACGAUUUCCAACCCCAGCUUCGGCCAAAAUGUCAUGCCGGUCCAUCCAUCAGCGAAAAUACGUUCCGAGGACACGUGUGGAGUCUCUCUGGUUCCUUCCGUGACUUUUCUUUGUAGUGCGAUACUUGCGUUAUUCGUUCCAAUGCACGCGAGCGCUUUUGUCAGUCAGCCCUUCACCAACUCCGCACCUAUAACCAAAAGGGUGAGUUUUCACGCGUAGGACUUGGCGUUUUUCAGGUGAUCAUCACUGGGAUAAAAUUUCGCUCGUGUAGGCUGUGUUUUUCUCGCGCAUCGUAAGAGUAUUGGCGAUUACAUACGUACACAACGUGCGCAAUUCGAUUGGGUAAUUCGAUUGUACUCGGUUGAUGGGGUGGCGGUGAAUGGACUUGGUCCCGUUUAUGUUGAGUGGCAGUUCCAAUUACGAGGUCCGCGCGUGCGUGUGGCAAUGUUUUGUGCUCGUUGGGUGUCGAUGAACGGGAUACAAGUAUGGUGACCAUAUGUACACGGAGCGCACGUUCAGGAUUCAACUACACGAGUUACAUGUACACAUACAUGUUGAAAAAAGGCAGUCAAGAAACGGCAGCGCGGUGUUGGGAGUGUCUCGCGCAAUCUCCUUACUGACCCUGUCUUUCCUGAUCCCUUUGCAUCUCUCGAUCAUCUGGUCCCUUCACCCCUGAGUACCAACCGGAUGUGCCAGAAUCUGUGUUCAUUCUCCUGUUCGCCUUUAUUUGUUGUGUC